CCUACUACCUAGUUAGUGUUUUUUUGUUUGGUUUUUUCCCAUUCCAACGCAACUUCGCUACUUAAACUGCGUAAAAGCUUUUUAUCUCAUAGCAACCAAAAAAAAAAAAGUAACGAUAACGAUGGCGCUAUGGAUGGAAAAGGGUUCGGAGCCCUUGACCGAAACCGAGAAAGCAGACCUUGAAGCCAUUGCUGCUAUCAAAGAGUCUUCAGCCUUUGAACUCAAGGAAAAGGGUAACCAAUAUGUGAAGAUGGGGAAGAAGCAUUACUCUGAUGCUGUUGAUUGCUACACAAGAGCAAUCAAUCAGAAUGCCUUGACUGAUUCUGACACCUCUAUUCUUUUUUCAAAUAGAGCCCUUGUUAAUUUGCUUCUUGGGAAUUUCAGACGAGCACUUAAUGAUGCUAAUGAUGCACUCAAGUUGCAACCUUCAAACAUAAAGGCGAUUUAUAGAGCUGCCAAAGCUUCUUUUUCAUUGAAUUUGUUGGAUGAGGCACAAGACUAUUGUCAAAUGGGUCUUGAUUUGGACCCCAAUAAUGAGGAAUUGAAGAAGCUUGACAAUCAGAUUGGUAUUAAGAUAUUGGAGAAUGAAAAGCAUGAGGCUGAAGUUUCUAAGGCUGUUGCAGAUGCAAAGGAACUUGUUUCUGCAAUGGAAAGUAGAGGCUUGAAGAUUGGCAAGGCCAUGUAUCGAGAACUCACUGGGUUAAAGAAACCUGUGUUAGACAAAAGUAACAUCCUUCAUUGGCCUGUUCUUCUUCUGUAUGCAGAGGUUAUGUCCAGUGACUUCAUUGAGGAUUUCUGCGAGACUGACAUGUUUUCGGAUCACCUUGAUAUGGUAUUUGCAGAAGAUCAGCCGCUCUCAUGGGAUGUUGAAAACAAUUACAAGCGUGAAUUUAUUGAGUUAUAUUAUGACGCUGGUUCUGGACCUCGUCUAUCUAAGGAAAAACUCCUUCGUUAUCUAUUAGAGGGAACUGCUGCAGCUUCUAAUGUGGAAGGUAGUGGUGAUGAAGAAAAAGAUGCGGUUGAGGAUCUUAAGCAAAACACAGGCUCCCCUAAAUGGAUCAAAGUAAAUGAAAGGAGAACACUCCACGAUGUUCUGAAAGAGUCUAAGUUCAUCAUUCCUGAGAUCCCAGUCUUCUACGUCGUUUCUAAGAAAUCUAGCUUUUAUAGCAAAUUCAAAGAUGGAAGUUGGGCUCCUCCAAGUGUAUGAAGGAAGCAACAACGAUCUGACAUGAUUUGCAGAAACUAGAUUCAAGAGUUAAUGUCUCAAUCAGGAAGUCUUGAAGAUUGGGAACCUGUUUCUUCCAUAUUUUGGACUUCUUUUACAUCAGAGUUACCUGCUAAUUUCAAUUGUUUGAUAAGUCAAGAUUUCUGGCUGUCCUAGUUGUCCCAAUGAUAGUUCUAGAAUUGAAGGAAUAUCAGCUUGGGUUGUUUAGCUAGAUGUAUAAUAUAAUAUAACAGAUUUGGUUUCAGAUUUUUAUCAAGUUACAGAUAGAUGCAAUGCUUUUAA